UUUAUAUUAACUCAAUACAUAAAAAUCUAUCUUUAUUUUUAUUAAAGAGGGAAAUAAAUAUUAAAAUAAAUUAUUUUUUGUGAUAUUAUACCUAUGUUCAAUAAAGCAUUCAACCCAAUAUACAUAUAUGUAUGUACAGCACUUUCAGAUAAUGAAUAAAAUAUUGCGUCACAUUAUUAAUUCAUCUUAUUAACUGAGAAUUCUCCUUUGUAUUAUAACUUCAUAAAAUUGGGAUAAUGGCAAAUGAAGUUUUAUAUAAACCGGACCCGUUUUACAUCAUGGAUAUUAAAACUCCAAGACAUCAUUUUCUUUCGGCUCGCUAUAAACAAAGUUUCGCCUAUAAAACAAUGAAAAUCCGAUUGCCGAAUAUAUUACAAAAUAUUAUUGAGGACACAACAAAGAACUUUGAAAAUAUAUCUUCUGAGUUUGGAGAGGUUGGUAUUCAACGAUUUGUAGCAAUUUGGAAGGAUAUCCGUGAUAUUGUAGACAAGAUAUUAGAUUUAAAAUAUGAACUGGAAAACGAUCAUGUCAUGAAAACAUUUGAAGGGAUUGAAGGGGACAAAUGGCUUUGGAAUAAUUUUCUGAACGACUUGAACAAUGAUUCGAACACAUUUUUAAAGGCUUGUUGGUUAUAUUCUGAAUGCUACAUAUACAGACGUUUGUAUUAUUUCUUUGAAAAUCACAUAAUGCUUAAAACAUACGAUUAUUUCGCGCAAAAUAAACAAAAUGCCUUUAUAAUUAGCGUAGAGCCAAUGCUUCAAAUUCUUCAUGGUCUUGAAAGCAUGAAAACCGAUAUAGUCGAUGAUAAUUUAAAAAUUUUAUUGAAGCUCAAUUUAUGGGGAAACCGAUGUGACCUCUCCAUAUCUUCGGGUAAAGAAGUAAGACUUAGUGGAAAUCCCUUCGAACAUGUUAAAAGCUUAGAUGAAAAAGUCAUUAUUGAUGAAAGCUCUCAAGUUAUUGAAAGUCUGAAAUCAGCAAACAGGCGAAAUGCUGUCGUUAUUGAGUUUAUUUGUGAUAAUGCUGGUUAUGAACUUUUUACCGAUUUCAUACUCGCCGACUAUUUAAUCGAAAGAAAAUUAGCCGACAAAGUUCGAUUCAACUUAAAAGCUAUACCAUGGUUUAUAUCAGAUGCAACCAUAAACGACUUUCGUUGGAGUUUACAAUACAUGAAAGGUCACGAAUCGCCUGUCUUACGAGAGUAUGGAAAAAAAUGGCAAAAUUUUGUAGUAGAAAAUAAAUUCGAAGUGGCUAAUAUUAAUUAUUUCUGGACAAGUCCUUAUGAAUAUUACAGGAUGUCUGAAAUUGAUCCAGAUCUGUAUAAAAGACUCUCUACUUCACAUUUAAUAAUUUUCAAAGGCGACCUUAACUACAGAAAACUUAUCAGCGACUUCUCUUGGGAUUUUACUGAAUCAUUUGAAACAUGUAUAAGAGGUUUUCGGCCGACUAAUAUUUGCAGUUUACGUACCGUCAAAGCAGAUUUGAUAUGUGGACUUUUAGAAGGGCAAUCAGACAUUUUAGAAAAGGAAAGUAAAGAUUGGAUGAUAACUGGGGAAUAUGGAACUAUACAAUUUGCAAGCAAAGUGAUACGUAAUUCGUAAUAACAUAAGUUUUAUAUUAUAUAUAUGUAUAUAAUUAAUAAAAAUGUCAAAUAUGUACUAUGUAUGUAGUAACUUAAUAAUA